UGUGUAACUGUGUUUAGUGAUAAAGUUGGGUCCAUGGCCCUUGCUUCGAUUGAGCUGGGUGUUAGUAAACAACAAGGUAAACCUUGUUCCUCUAUUUCCCUAGAUCUGGAGCAAUCUUCCAUUCCUUCAGGGGAUAAACCAUCCCUCCCCUCCAUACCUCCAUCCCACCUCUCCAUACCUCCAACCCUUCCCUCCACCCCCCUAUCCCACCCCUCCACACCUCCAUCCCUCCCCUGCACACCCCUAUCCCUCCCCUCCAUACCUCGACCCCUUCCCUCCACACCUCCCUUCCCUCCGUCCCUUCCUUCCACCCCACCAAAAGAGCAAAACAAUAUAUCAUCGUCCAAAAAUCAUUCAUUUCCCCAUGAUUCACAAUCUUCCCAUAUUUUGGCGCCAAACCUCCCUUACUCAAUCAAUCACUCAAUUCCUACAAAUCCCAAUCAAUUAACAAAACAUCUGGGUUCCAAUGAUGUAAACUCAACAGUGAAUAGUCUGAACUUGAAACCGGUAGUAAAUCAUGAACCUGUAAUUACGGAGAAAAGAGAAAAUCUUGAAACCAUCAAAAUUGAGAAUCCUGAACCUGUUGAAGAUGCACAGUCAACCUCUGCACUAAUCAAGGAGGAAGGUAGGAGUGAAGAUGGAAUAUCUAGAUCAUCCUCAUUAAGGUUUGAGGAUGAGGAUGAAAAGGAAGUAAGGAAUGAGGAUGGAUUACAAAGGUCCCUAUCAUUAAGGUUCGAAGAUGAGGAUGAGUAUGAAAAAGCAGGAAGGAAUGAGGACAAAUUAUCUAGAUCAUCCUCGUUAAGGUUCGAGGAUGAGGAUGAAAGAGAAGAAAGGAAUGACGAUGGAUUAUCCAGAUCUGUCUCCUUGAGGUUCAAGGAUGAGGAUGGAACGAAGAGCAGGGUGGAGGACGGAUUACCAAGAUCUGUCUCCUUGAGGUUUAAAGAUGAAGAUGUAAAGAGUGGAGAGGAUGCGCAUAGAUUACACCGAACUGUAUCCUGGGGUGUAGUAUCUAGUGUUGAUGAAGAUUUUCUUCAUGAUGAAUCUGAUCUUCAAAUCUUCAGUAUCUCUAAACCUGAGAUUCAUAAUGCUGAGAGAACUGAGAAGGAUGAGACUGGAAAGUUGCUGGCUCCUGCAGAGGUUUCACACUACCCGGAGAACAACGGAAAACCUAAAACCGAACUCAAGGAUCAGACUGAACUAGGAGAGAAAGACGGAGAAAAGAAUGGAUUAAAUAUUGAAUCUCUCCGUAGAGUAACUUCAAGGUCAUCCUUAUCCUCUACAAUUGGAGGAAUAAAAGACAAAAUUUCGUUAUCUAUGCCUGGAGAUUUGAAGAAGAAACCUGAAGAAACAAGAUUAAGAUUUGUUGUUCUUUUUCUUUUCCUUGGUUGCGUUUCUAUAGUACUUACUUCACAUAUACUUUACCAUCAACAUAUAGGAGAGCUCCGACUGUUCCCUACAGUACGUCUAGAGGAAGCUGAACGGAAGAUGCUUUUAUUUGACCGGGAUGACCGGCUAGUGUUAACAGCUGAUCUUGGGGUAGAUCUUCCACAAGAUCUUCAUCCGUACUCUUGUAUACCUACACUUAGUGAUCAGGAUAAUGUACGCUGUAUAGAGUGGAAAGACCAUGCCAGAUUACAUAUAGCCAGAUUGGAUGUGAAAGGGUUAUCCUGUCAUAGGCUAACCUGGCAAGCGCUUUCUGAACACAUAUCACCCCAGGACUGCUGGCCGGUGGGUGAGGGGGCGGGACACUGGUAUGGGGGCGGGGAGAGUUUAUCCAGCAGAUGGCCCCUGGAUCAGGGGCAUAUUAACAUGUCCCCCUUCGUGACAGGGGACGAGGAUCAGACCGAAUGGGGGAAUGUGAUCAAGAAGUAUUUUAUCAAUAGUCGAGGUUUAAGUUUAAUGGUUGAAGAUACAACUCCUCUCUCCGUAUCUCUCAAUGAUCAGGGGCAUUCAGGACUCUGCCUAAAAGCACAUUUUGACGACUUUCCUUACUUUUAUCACAGAUUAGAUCUACCCUUUUUGAACUACACAGUCUGCUCUGAUGGAAACCUAGGAGAGAUCUAUGAUGGGCAACUUUCAAGAUCUUUCUGGGACGGACACAAGGAUACAGAUCUAGAGGAACUGAGCAGACUUCUUCAACUACCGUUGUGGGAGGUUCCAGAUACUGCUGAGGGGACCUUCACUCUAGAGGAGAUCUCCGCCUAUCUGAAGACUAUAUUAGGGCGGGGAACUGCUGGUCCCGGGGGCGGGGACAUCUCUAGAGGUUUCCUCCUUCUCAACUAUAAAUGGCAGGAUACUAUGGGAGAUAUAAAGCUCUCAGACAAACUCAGAGGAGUGGAUGAUCUAGUGAGUAAAUCAGGACUAACUCUAGUCCUAACUCUCAACCCAUUCGUUAGCACUGACUCACCAAACUUCAAGGACGGAGUAAAGAAAGGAAUCUUUGUGAUGGAGAGAAACCAAAACAAUUCUAAGAAUAUUCCUGCGCUCACAUGGUUCAAGGAUACUCCUGCUGCUGCUCUCCUGGAUGUUACGAACAACGACACCUCAGCCUGGUUGAAGGAGAAGCUGAGGAGUGUCCGGGAGAACAUGAACAAUACGUUCUUCUUCCUGGAUACUGGGAACACGUUCCAUACUCCACACUUCUUUAAAUUCAAGGUUAAAUUAUAUAACCCGGACUUGUACAAAGAACAUUUUGUGAAGGCGUGUAUGGAAGAGGUUCAGGUUAUCGGUGUAUCCGGAGCAUCAGCGAAGCGUCCCAAGGCUCCAGCUUUUGUUCAUCUAACGACCCUGCGGAGUACCUGGGAUAGCUUGAGAACGAUUAUACCAAACGUGUUGAACCUCGGGGUUAUUGGAUAUCCUUUCAUCAGUCCUGGUCCUGUUGGGGGCAAGGUUGGGUCUCCUCUCCUACAGAUAGAUCGGACCAAAACCUCCUCCUCCUCCUCUCCGAACCAGCUGCCACAGUCCAAGGGAAAAUCCGUGAGAGCUGAGGUUAAGCCUCUAAACGGAAGUAGUAUAGCGGAAGUAGAAUUGUUUACAAGGUGGUGGCAACUUGCAACAUUUUUACCCCAACUUCACUUUACAACUGCACCUUCCACGUACAGAAGCAAGAAUAUUGCCCCUAUAGCCAAAAAAUUAAAAGACAUCAAGGAAAAUAUAGUUAACCCGGAACUAAUCAGGUUCGGAAGAGAAGCCAUGGAAAUAUCUCGACCUGUAAUACGUCCGCUCUGGAUGCUAAAUCCAACGGAUGAGAUUGCUCAACGGAUUGACGAUGAAUUUCUUAUCGGAGACAAGAUCCUGGUUGCUCCCGUCCUUCAUGAGAAUGCAAGACGGAGAAAUGUUUACCUACCAAGGACGUAUAACGGACAGGGAGUGUGGAAACGAGGGACGGACGGGACGUUUUUCGAGGGAGGACAAUGGUUAAAUAAUUCAAUAGCAGAGUUAGACACUAUUCUAUUCUUUAUCAGACAACCGGAGCACGCUAGACCUGGCAACUAGAACUAGGAGUAAACCAUGCAACCGGAGCAUGCUAGACCUAACAACUAGAACUACGAGUAAACCACGCAACCGGAGCACACUAUACCUGACAAAUAGAACUAAGAGUAAACCACGCAACCGGAGCACGCUAGACCUGACAACUAGAACUACGAGUAAACCACGCAACCGGAGCACACUAUACCUGACAACUAGAACUACGAGUAAACCACGCAACCGGAGCACGCUAGACCUAAUAACUAGAACUAAGAGUAAACCACGCAACCGGAGCACGCUAGACCUGAUAACUAGAACUACGAGUAAACCACGCAACCGGAGCACACUAUACCUGACAAAUAGAACUAAGAGUAAACCACGCAACCUGAGCACGCUAGAACUGGCAACUAGAACUACGAGUAAACCAGUACCACGCAACCGGAGCACGCUAGACCUGGCAAGUAGAACUAGGAGUAAACCACGCAGCCGGAGGAUGCUAGACCUGACAACUAGAACUAGGAGUAAACCACGUUCAGCAAUUUUCUCCAAUGACCUUUUAAAGGGACUGUGGACGGUAAUUUCAAACGACGCUUCCUUUUAAGAUUGGCAUGCACAACAGUAUCAUUAGUUCUGUGUUCGAGUGACAAAAACAAAGAUAUCUUUGUUUUUCUAUCCUAAAAAGUUAAUUUCUGACAAUAUAAUUUAUGGUUUCUGUUACACAAAUAUGCAAGUGACUUUGUUGAGAAACUGCAAUUAAAAAUAAUAAAUUUUCCGAAGUAAAAAAAAGUUUACAAGUUGCUGUAGUGAAUGGAAUUUGCUACUCUAUAAAUUGUGGGUUUAGGUCCAAAUUCCUUUUAAAAGACGGAAAUAAAAUCAUCACUGUUUUUGCAAAUUUAAAUGAUUUUAGAAAAUAAAGUAUUAUGAAAAAG